AAUUAACCGUGGUAUAUAUCAUAUGCAUUUACGCGAAUUGCUGUUGAACCACUACGUAACAAUUUUAUUUAUCCCUUCGAAUACGAUGGCGAAGAUCAAAUUAAAAUAACGGAGAGAAGGAAAUUAUUGGGAAACGACAGUCGCACUGAAUUGUAUUUCAUUAAAGUAAAUUAAAAUAUUGAGUAGGUAAUUUUUGUGGUUAAUUUUAAUAUUGGUGUCUUGGACAUGGGAAGUCAAGCGGUGACAGAUACAGAUAUGGAUUUGUAUUGUAAAGCAAAAUCCUAUGUUUGCUCUACAUGCGAAGUGACAUUUUCACGCUAUGAAUCUCAUUUAAAGUUAAACCAUACAGAUGUUGACAAAGUGUUCUGUUGUAUUCAAUGCAAAGAUAUCUACACACGCUCCUACAACUUAAUCACAUGUUACCAUUGUAAUUCAAUUGUUAAAAAUACGAAAGUUGCUGUCAGUCAAAUAACUGGUGGUGGGAUCAAAGUAUUUUGUUGUGGAAACUGCAUGUUGCAACAUUCAAAUGAGGUUUCUAAGCCAAUAGUAGAACUGUCAUGCCAAAUGUGUCGCAAUCCAAAUGUGCCAAUUAUAGUAAAUGUAUUGUAUAAUGGACGCACUCACAAGUUGUGUUCAAACAAUGCUUGCUUGGUCAAGUUUAAGAAGUGGUACAAGUUGGAAUUGCACAGUUGUGUGGGUUGCAAUGAUCAACUGUUUGAUGGUGAUGACCAGCAAUUUAUACAGCACCAAGGAAAAAUAGAAGAAUUCUGCUCAACUGAGUGUUUAAAUUUGUAUAAAGAAAACAACAAAAAACAAUCAACCUGUUCCUGGUGUAAAGCUACGCUGAAUGUUUUUUCUAUGAUUGAACGUGUUGGUAGUGAUAAUAAGUUAACUUACUUUUGUUCACUCAGCUGCAUGUCAAAGUACAUGGUGAAAUUAGAGGAUAAUUAUGACGUUUUGUGCUCCUAUUGCAACAUGGAGUACAUGGUAAAGUUUUAUGUGGUUAUGUCAGAUGCAUCAAUUAAAGGGUUUUGUUCAAUUAACUGUGUGGCAAACUAUGAAAAGAAAUUUAAAUUUAUGUCAAUUAAGGAAACUUGUAACUCUGACAAUGAAAGAGGUUUUCCCAAGCAGAAGGGCUCAGAUGCUGACCAUCAGCUUUCAGAGUGCACACAUUCUGGUAGUAAAUAUGUAUGCAUAAGUUCUACUUUGCCCUCCCUAACCCAUCCUUCAGCAUUUAUUAAACAAUUAGGGAAUCCAGGAAGGCACACUAAACUUGUAAAAGCAACAAGAAUAAUGCCGGCUGCUUCACUCUGUGUACCGGUAGAGUUGUUACCAGAAAGUGUUGAAAAAGUGAAGCAAUAUUUUGAAGAUCACAAGCUGAUAGGUGCAGAAACACAAACAUCCCAUCUUCUCUCUGUCACUGAUCUGAAAAAGAAAAACAAAGCUAUUAUGUGUAAGCCGUAUAAACAAAACAAAUUGAUUCAAACUGGGGAUAUAAAUAAAACUUGUGAUGCAUCCACUCAAACACAUGGUGAAUGGUUGCCAACUCUGUUUCCAAUACCCAUUCCUAUUCCGAUAUAUGUCCCAUGCCCUGUUAAAAUGUUUUCAGAAUAUGUCCCCCAUCCAGUGCCUCUUCCAAUACCAAUACCUGUUCCUGUUCUUUUACCAACCACAAUGUCCAAUGUAGAUUCAUUAAUUAACUCAAUCGACGAAAUUCGACAGAAAUUUCCAAAUAAUCCAAUUGAAGCUGAUUUGUUAUUGAUGGCUGAAGCUGUGUCUAAUGAGGAUAAUGAAAGAUGCAGAAAUAUGAUGGAAGGAGAAGCAGAGGAUGUGUUGUCUAUUGCUGCCAACAUUACCGGUAUUGUAGAUGUUACGGAGUUAAACGUGGAGGAUGAUAUUCCUUCAUUGGUAGAUGAACCAAGUGCUAAACGGAGAAAGAAAUCUACUAGUACAGUGUCAAAUAUUCCUUUUCAUUUUAAGUACGGAGUAACAGCAUGGAAACGAUGGGUUUUUAAUUACAACCGAACUUCUCAAGCUGGUCGCAUUCCAGUUGAUCUUGCGUCAUUAUCACAAUUUGAAAUUAAAGAGGCAUUGGUUAAGUUUGUAAGAAGUGUUAACCGCCCCGAUGGACAGCCAUAUCGUGCUGACAGCAUUUUCUAUUUACUUAUGGGUAUUCAAGAAGAUCUGAGUCGAUCAGGCAGAUUAGAUAAUAUAUUUACUGAUCAUAACUAUGCUGCUGUAAUGGAUGCAUUCCAUGGCACUGCUCGCAGUUGGAUUCCUGUUUGUUCUCCAUUAAGAGUUGAUACACGAAUUUGUGAGGAACAGUUAUGGCAGUGCAAGCAACUUGGUGCACAUUCACCGCAUUCUCUGUUGUUUACAAUGCUAUACUUUACCACAAAAGGAUUCUUGCUCAAGACAGCAGACGAACAUAAUAAUCUAACACUUUUGAAAGUGAUGCAGCGCUCAAAGUGUAUUGUGAGAAAAAGUAAUGUGUUAACGGUAUCAUCAUGUGUAAAACAUGGAAAGGAUAGCAGCUUAUUUGAUCGAGCCCUCAGUCAAAACAAAAAUAAUCCAAUGAGGUGUCCUGCUGGACUUUUUGCCUUUUAUUUUUCAAAGUGUCCUUCUGUGUUACGGUCCAAUUCAAGUGAAUUAUUCUACCUGCGACCUGAACAAGCAUGUAUUCCAGAAUCACCUGUGUGGUACAGUCCAUCUCCACUAUCCACCAAAGACAUAGAACUGAUGUUGUUCAGAAUACUCAUGGUUAAGGAAGUGCACGAGUUUUGGAUAAAUAAUCAAAGAUAAUUUACUAAACCUAAUUCUAUGUAUUCAACAUAAGUAAAAAGUUCACCAACGAAACAAAACAUCAAUUGCUAAAGUUUUCUGGGAAAAAUAUUGACAUAUGCUAAAUAUUUUGUGGUAGGCUAUUAUUUAUUAGCUAAUAUUCUCUGUAUUUUUCCAAACCUGACAAAAUAGGUUUUUAACCUGAUUUUGUGGCAUUAAAAAUUACCUUUGUCAAUUUACAACCAAUACUUCGCUGUGUGUAUACUGUGUAUUCUGUAUUGUAUUCAACAAAUUAAACACAACUAUUUUUCUCUGUUUAGUGUUACAGUUCUUAUACGAAAAUAUUUUACAUGUUUUCUACGUUCUUGUUUCUCCAUGAAGAUUUUAUGUGUUGGAAAAAACAAAGUUAAAUGGACACAGUUUUAAAACUGUUACCAAUUUGUUUUUAAACUAUUACUAAACCUCUGUAUAAAUGUAUUUACUGUUAGUGUCUACCACCACACUUUUCAAAGGCUUAUUUCAAUACAUUUUGCUAACAUUUAGUUGCAUAUAUUUCUUUACACUGAUUUUGAAUGCAUGUUAGCAUUAGGUUGUUUUAUAUAAAAAUUAUUAUAAAAAAAAUUAUACAAAUUAAACUAAGAAUGCAAUGUUCUCACACUAACCUAAAUAUAAAAAAAAUCAAAUUGAGAAUAAAAGUCCUGCUGAUAUCAGAUAGUUAUUAUGUAUUAGCUAUAGAUCAGAAACUUAUUUUAACCA